GGCAGAACAGAGAACAGUUUGGUUUAGGCUGGCGGCAAGGAAGUAGCAGCAGCAGCAGUAGUACACAAUGUCUUCGUUUGGAAUGCGCGGCAUGAGUCAGCCGCUGGGCAUCAGGAUCUGCUGCUGUCGCGUCUGUACGUGCAUUAACUUUGGCUUUGUCCUGUCGCGGGUGGGACUGCUCAAGCUGAUGCAGCUGGGCCUGGCCAUGCUCUGCGAGGGCCUGCUCAUACGCUACGGUGUGCCCUAUGCGGACUCGAUUGGACAGGCGCUCACCAGCUUUCUGGCCACCACGGGACACUGCUUCACCACAACGGGCAUACUGCUGCUGUGCUAUGGCUUCUCCGAGAAGUCAUACGGUCUCAUACGACAGUCGCUGUUUGAGACUUUGUUCAAUGGCCUGGCCGCCUGCAUGUACUUCAGCUCGUCCAGCUACAUGGGAUUCGCGUGCGUUGUGUGGCUGCAUCCGCAGUUCUUGGUGCGUCCCGGCUUCUGGGCAUAUCCGGCCAUGACCGCCUGCUAUUACAUGGGCUAUGCGGCGGGACUGCUGCACGCCAUCGAUGCCUUUUUAGCCUUCAAGCACUACAGGGGAGCAGGGCGCUAGAGUCACUUGCGUGGGGUUUGAUUUUAAAGCAUUUAUAAGGCACAACUUUCCUUGGGUUAGAAGUUUAACAUUAAAAUGGCAUAAAACGUAGAAAUAUAA